UACUACGCCGAGCCGAGAAAAUAGAGGUUCAUGAAAAAGAGACUCUACCAAAACGAGUAGUCGAUAGAAACAGGACAUAUCGUCUACGUAUCUCUCGUGCAUCACAAUCCGAUGUUUUUUUUUGAAGCGACCAGGCUUGUUAUCUCCAAGUUUAAGUUUCACUCUUGACAGUUUCCAUCAAGAGUACAACGGCUUGAAAAUGCGAAAGUGGUUUUAUUCCCCUCUCGCAAGAUAACCAAGAAUAAGAAAAAGGUGCAUGUGCAGCCUCUGGAUCAGCGGCAACGUUGAAGACGUAUAUAACGUAGAAAGAUCGCAGAAACGAUCUAUUUUAUUGUUCUUCGUGGCUUAAGAUAGCUACAUAUAUCUAGAAAGGAACAAGGAGACGCGAAAGAAGGACGAAAAGAAACCUUGAAGAAGUUUCCUCAAUGGGUUGUACGGUGCGUUUUUCGAGAUUUAAGUGUCAAGAUGAUUUCCUAAUGCGAUUGUGAAAUUUUGGUGUUAAUGGAGGUGAUAGAAAUCCAAUCGUUUAUCAAUUUGGUUCUUCGACAGAGCCACGCAGCGAUAGUCCUGGCGUUUUUCGUAGCCGCUGCUGUAAGUAGUCCAGCUCAAUCCAAUUACCAGAAAAAGAUCUAUUUCUACGAAGAUGUACCCGUUGAAAGGUACGAGCAAAGAGUCUUUUACGUUCGACCACAAAGAUUCAUAAGCAAGAAUAGACGAAAUUAUCUGAAGGAGGAGAAAUUGUCCGAAUAUAGAGAGAAUGAAUCUAUAGCACAUAACUUUGAUUACAAGGAUCCUAUUGCUCUUCCAUCCGAACAAUACGACGAUCAUAACGAAGAGGAUUAUAGCGAGGAGAAUGGUUAUUCGUUGGAGUCACACGUUCCCGAAGAAAACUCACACGAGAGCCACUUUCUGGGACAUGACUUAGAUGAAAACGUUCACAAGACGAUCACAAUCAUUAAAAAAAUCGCCGUACCGUAUCCUGUAGAGAAGAUUAUACGAUAUCCUGUGGUAAAAAAAAUACCAUAUCCGGUAAAAAUACCAGUAUCGCAACCCUAUGCAGUAGAGAAACAAAUCCCUUAUCCCGUAAAGAUUUAUGUAAAGGUUCCCGUGAAAAUUCCGAAACCGGUACCUGUGAUAAAGGAGGUACCGUAUCCGGUGAAGAUACCAGUUGAUCGACCUGUUCCUGUUAAAGUUUAUAUACCAGAACCCUAUCCCGUAGAAAAGAAGGUUCAUUAUGAAGUUAAAAUUCCAGUUCCAGAUCCCUUUCCAAUUGAACGAAAAAUACCAGUUCCUAUAAAGGUUCCGAUACAUGUUCCACAACCUUAUCCAGUCGAAAAAAUCGUCCGUUAUCCUGUGAAAAUUGAAGUUGAAAAGCCAAUACCGGUACCAGUACCAAAACCGUAUCCGGUUCCUGUUAAUAAACCAGUUCCUUAUCCGGUCGAGAAACCAGUACCCGUUCCGGUGAAGGUCGAGGUGCAUAGACCGAUUCCAGUACCGGUUGAUAAACCAGUACCGGUAAAGGUCAAGGUGCCAGUGCCUGCACCCUAUCCGGUCGAGAAGGAGGUGCCUUAUCCGGUGGAAAAACCAGUAGCUGUGCCAGUGAAGGUACCGGUCGAGCGACCGAUCCCUGUUCAUGUGACUAAGCACUUGCCUUAUUCCGUUCCUAAGCUUGUUCCCUAUCCCGUUAAAGUUGAAGUACCUAUAGAUGACGAGGUCAACGAACAUCAUAUAGUCAGAUCUGAAUAUUAUAAUUCUCACGAAGAAGGAUAUCUAUAAAUUAUUCUUCAUAAUCCGUGUGAUAUAAC